UCACCUUUGGGUGGAAGGACAAACCUUGGGCUGACACUGUGCCUGCAGCCAACCUGCAAGCCCCAUUCUGAGCCCACAUUGGUUUUAUUCUGCUUUGUUGAAGUGCUUUGUCUUUUUCCACUCAUUUUUCAAUAAUGCUUGUUAAAAUGCAGCAGGUAAAACACCAUGGAGACAGAAAGCACUGACCAAAGCUACAGCAAAUCAUUACAGGAUUAGAAAAUAACCUGCUUUGCCAUGGAUGUGCUCCUAUGAGGAAGCACGGUGCAGCUAAUGCCUUCCAACAACAAGGCUGUGUGCACAGGAAUAAUCACGAGCCGAUCUUUUCUUGCUCAUUUCCAUCUAAGGUUUUGAAAAUACUAUUAAACAGUCCCUAAGAAGAUGGAUGCUAAGCCCAACUCAGAACAUACUUCAGACUCAAAAUCACGGCUUUUAACACCUCACGGUCAUUGCGGAGCAUCUGGAAAAGUAAUCUGGUGAAUGUGCACAAUCCUGGGGGUGUCCGAAGAGCCAGAACACAGAGAAAUAAAAACAUGCCGUGUUUUUAAACCGGGACACACAGUAGUUUCUUAUCCAAUACUUGCUCACUUUAGCGAGGGCUUUGGAUUUGUAUUUAUUCAACCGGUUUUCAAGAGCCCGAGGAAUUAAAACAGCACACUUACCAAAAAAAGUAAUAGCAAAGACUGGCCGACACGCGUCGAACUGCUUCAUGAGCAGGACAGAAAUUCCACUGGAUGGCCUCACAGACUCAGAAAUGGCCGUGACAAAACACUACUUUACUGUUCUAAAAUAUCUCCCUGCAGAGGAUAAUUUGAACUUUCAAAGUCACAUGGUGAAAUCAUAGGUUUGCUAAACAUGCAACGUGUACGGGUUUGAAUGAUGUAAACCCAGUUCCUGUUUCCCUUGCAGAACUGAAUGUUUUUGUAGCCAGCAAGCACUGGAGUUUUUCAUCGCGAUUUACAGCAGCAAAAGAAGUUACUGUGAUAUACACACACUGCUCUCUGCAUGAAUAGAAAGGGCUACAGCCUCCAAACAGUGAUUAUAACUCAUCUGACUAUUCACAGUGCAAGUCUCGGCUAAUUGUAUCUGUGGAGCAUUUUCCUGGAAAGUUUCUAACUUCCGUGGGCAGAAAGGAUGAGUGCUCACAACAUGACGUGGAUCAGCUACCCAAGCAAGAGCCUGGCUUCCACCUCCCUGGAAGAAAUCGAAGCAUUCAUAGCUUCUCAGAAUGUCAUAUCAAGAUUUAUGCACUGUUACAUCGCCUUCUUUGUGCCAACAGGACUGAUAGCUGGUGUGUGCAUUCUGGUCAUUUUCAUAAAGAAUUACGCGCAGAACAAAGCCAUGGAACACUUAGACUCGCUUCUCCUGCACUUUACCAUCAGCAACACCACAAUGAUUCUGUUGUCGUUUACAGUCAUCAACAGACCUGACUACAUUAGAGUGACCCACCUUGCUUGCAGCGUCCUGUCAUUUCUGUUCAAUUUCAGUUAUUUCAGCUCUCAGCACUCUUUGGUGUUGAUGCUUCUCACACUGUUACUGAAGAGAUUCCCACCCAGGACUGCUCUGAGCAAAGUAACCCAACGCCCCAUAGUGUGCAUUGGAUGUGUUCUGCUAUGUGCCUUCUGCUUGUCACUGAUGGAAGCAGUGUUGGUUGGCACAGAUAACUACCACGUGGAAACAGACUGCCAACUAGAUCCAUUAUUUGCAUGGCCUGAAUACGAGAUUGUUAAAUUCACCUUUGGAUUUGGAAUCCCAUCAUUUCUUCAGAUAGUCUCCUUUAUUGCCCUCCUUGCUAAAGAAGCCCCUGCUGAAGCUCCAGCCUUACAACAGCACAUUUGUACUUACCUUGCUGUGUUCAUUAUAAGCAUAACCGCAUUUAUAUGCCGCCUAUUUUAUAACAUUAUGAUUCUCUUCAGGACAACACUGAAAUUACAGAUGAGCAUUGGAACUCCAAAGGAUGAGCUCGUGAUGAAUAUUGCAGAAAUAGUGCUGUUCUCAGAGAGCUGUGCUAGUCUGGUACUCAUACUCUGUUUGCACAAACCAUGCAGGGACAGAAUACUUCAAGUCAUACGGAGCUGCCGAAGGGCACACAGCACCAACAGCCACCUUGAAAUCCCAGUAACACCUACGAGCCCUGAAAUGAUGUCCCAGUAAUACCUGCUCUCCUAAGAACUCUCAAUCUACUUCCUAUGGUUCUUCUGCCUUGUGAAGGACAACUGUUCUCUCUUUUGAUCCCAAACUUGGACUAUCAUACAGCUAGCAGGACUGAAAGAAAAAUACAUUUAGUCUGCUAUCUGCAUUGAUCUAACACGUAGAAACAUGUAGGACCUGGGGGACUGUUCCUAUGUGUGUGUAAAUAUUGUUUCAACUCCUCCCUUUGCAUGUCACUUAAUGUGAGCAGGAAGUACUGCAGCCAUAGAAGUAUGCUUCUGUGAUAGUAGCAAUGCCUUAGUAAGGAUGCACACCAAAACAUAUCCCGUAGCAACUUUAACUAAGGUAAAAAUCUGCAGCCAAAGCAUUUUCUCAGGUUUGUUUCCUCUUUGGACUGGGUUUUCUUGCCCCACUCAUAUUUUUGUAACAUUGCUUAAUUCCAGUAAGAACAGCAGUGAAACACGGGUUAAGAGUCCACCAUAAUCCCCAAACAGUGAUACUGCAAGCCUAAUUCAUAGCUUGCUUGUACUGCACACACACACAAAAUGGGGUUUUCCUUCCUUUUUUUCUCUUCUACAUUUGCUGGAAGUUCCAAGGUUUUAAUCUGAAUUCUUGCACACACAAAACAACAAAAGAAAACACCACAAAACCCCCUCAAACUAAUGGAAAAGUUGGUCCAUAAAGAACUUUGUGUCCUUUCUGAGGCACUGAAGUGGGAAGAUGGACAGAAUGGCUAAUUAAAACUUUGUGCAAGAAUGAAAGCUUUUUGUUAAAGUAUGCUCGGCUUCAACUUUGCAUUGAGACUUUAUGCAGUUAUUGAUUUAAGCCAUUCUUGAUGAGUUCAUUCAGAAGUAUGAGGUUACAUGCCUUGAACAGUCACACUCCUUAUUAUCCUAACUAAAAAAAAAAAAAAAAGAGAGAGAAAAACCAGACCCAGAACAGGAGAAAUGCUUUUAAAAAGGCAAAAAAGAAGGCAAGCCCCAGAUCCAGAAAGAAAUCGAGGCUUUGCUGGAGGUAGGAGAGGAACAUUAUAUGUUUUAGAGGAGAAUUCUCAGGUAAAUAGUGCAAAAUGGGGAAAGAAAGAGAGCUUUAAGUCAUCUUGGUAGGGUCCAGAUCUGUGUGCAGAGUCAGUGCAAACUGGUAUACAUUGAAAUACAGCAAUGUGGGCACUGUUCUACCAAUAGGAACACGUUCUGCAAAGCAGCAGCCAGGUGGAAGACUAAAGGACAUCUGCCCAAAUGCACCGUGCAUAGAUCUAGAAUGCAGAUAUACGGAUCUAGUCCUGAAAUAAAAGCCCUGAAAUUCAUGGGCUCUGUGACUAUAUCACAUGCAAAGAGAGGGCAAUCCUCCCAACAUGACCAUAAGGACCAAUGUUUCCACAAGAUGUAAAAAUCAACUGGUGAAAUAUCUGCACUGCAUUAUGUCAGCUUGUUCUCCCACUCAGCUCUGUCCUGCUGCCAGCACGAGCAGAUGGAUAAAUAGGGAACAUCACACAGAAAAAGGCCAUUAUUAGAUGCUGGAUAGAAAGGAGAUACGUAGAUAAGAGUCGCCUCUUCAAACACAAGAGUCAAUUAUAUAGUUGUGAAAGGAUUUCUCGGAUGACGUCUGAAGUUUUGCUUUGCAGCUGAGGGAGUUUAAACAACAAGGUCUGAACAUCAGCCCUGCAGAGAGGAGCUGUAAGAGCAGCACAUCAGCAAAGCAAGCUGAGAGACCGAGCAAAAGGACGUGUCGGAAGAUGUAAGCUGUUUAUUUCAGAUCAGGUAGAAAAUAUCAUAGUUUCAUGGCUAAGUAUGUUAUUUUCUAGAAUGGGAAUUAUGCACAAAGGAUUCUACUUUAUUUACUGCUUCUAUAUAUUCAAAGGAUGAAAGAAUAAAUAUUGUAUUGUUUCUGAG